UCAGUGAAUCACGACUCGUGCUGCUCAAACAGUGAACAUGAACGAGGACAACAAACACUAACAAACUAACUAAUCACGUUUUCAUCAAAGAGUAAUCGUUUAAAUAUAAUCUAUAAUCCUUUAAAUACCAAAUGUAGAUCAUAAAUGUCUAAAUAUUAAGUUUAUUAAUUUGCAGCGUUAGUUUUGAGUGUUUUUUUUUUUUUUUUUUGUCUAAACAGGUCAUUGAAGACUUAUAACUUUAAUUAUUCUCUUCUUAAAGAUGGCGUUUAUUAAAGAGGAGACUGAAGACAUGAAUAUUGAGUUUAUUAAAGAGGAAACUAAAGAUCUGAAGAUUGAGUGUAUUAAAGAUGAGACUGAAGACAUGAAGAUUGAAGAAACAUUCAGUGUGAAACAUGAAGAAACUGAUGAACAAACAGACCUAACGUCACUGAAAGAAGUGAGUCAUGAACCUAAUGAAAGGGAAGAAGAGAAAGAACAUUACGAUGAACAUCAUGAUUUCAUGAUUGGAGAAAGAUCAACACAGGUUUCCUCACAAAAAAGAGAUCAAAAGACUAAGAGUGUCACACACAAAAAACACCUCAAAGUCAAUAUGAGAAUUCACACUGGAGAGAAACCUUUCACCUGCCAACAAUGUGGACAGAGUUUCACACGUGAAGAAACCCUUAAAGACCACGUGAGAAUUCACACUGGAGAAAAGCCGUAUACCUGCCGACAAUGUGGACAGAGUUUCAGUCAAAAGGGAAGCCUUACUGUCCAUGUGAGAAUUCAUACUGGAGAAAAGCCUCAUACCUGUCAAGAGUGUGGAAAGAGUUUCAGUCGAAAAGAAAGCCUUAAAGCCCACAUGAAAAUUCACACUGGAGAAAAGCCUUACACCUGUCAAGAGUGUGGAAAGAGUUUCAGUAAUAAAGGAAGACUUAAAAUCCACAUGAGAAUUCACACUGGAGAAAAGCCUUACACCUGCAAAGAGUGUGGAAAGAGUUUCAGUGUGAAAGGAAACCUUGCAGUCCACAUGAGAAUUCACACUGGAGAAAAGCCUUACACCUGCCAACAAUGUGGAAAUGGUUUCAGUCAAAAAGGAAGCCUUAUAGCCCACUUGAGAAUUCACACUGGAGAGAAGCCUUACACCUGUCAACAGUGUGGAAAGAGUUUCAGUCAUAAAGGAAGCUUUAAAGACCAUAUAACAACUCACACUGGAGAAAAGCCUUACACCUGCACUCUGUGCGGGAAUGGCUUCACACAGGAACAAAGCCUUCAGGAACACAUGGAUAUUCACACUGAAGAGAAGCCUUUUAUAUGUGAUCAUUGUGGAAAGAGUUUCUUAUCUAAAGGUAACCUUAAGGUCCACAUGAGGAUUCACUGAAAGAGAACUGAACUGAACUUUUAAGGCCAGAACACACCAAGCCGACGCCGACGAACUAGCGGAGACGAAAGCAGACUGUGGGGUUGGCUCACGUCGGCAGCGUC